AUGAGCUCGAUUGCAUUCCCUGCAUCUGGCCAAGCUCAGCAGGAGCAUACAGCCUUCCAUCAAACUGCAGAGCAGCUCUAUCAGUCGGUCGAGCACGCCAUCCAUGCUCCCUCGCCAGCUGCAACCGUUCCCACUUUCAACAGCAACACUUCCGAUGUCGGUACCAUUGGCAAACCUGCCAACUCGGCCACACCCUCGGCGCUAGGCAACGAAACGUCCGCAGCUCCAAAGCCCAAGAUAACCAAGCGCAUCAACGCUCGUCUCCAACUCGCCGCAGCUCUCAUCGAGGCUGACAACGAGCGAAUCCUCGAGAAAGCUCAGUUCUGGCAUAUCUACCAUCCCCCUCAAGCGAAUGACAUCGUACAUCCGCCGCCUCCUCCGCAGCCAGCGCUUGCCAGUCAGAGCGCUAUCUUUGCCCCCUAUCGAGAGGGUGCAAGCAUCGCAGUCAAGCGUCAUGUCCGCACCUGGAGCGCAGCUACCGGUCUUUCCCGCCUCCUUGCCGCUGACGACGAUGGAAAGCGUCCCAGCGUUGACUUUCUCGGCGUCGCUCUUCCCACUGAACAACGUGCACGCAGCCGUGCUGGCAGCAGCGUUGGAGGCCUCAUCGACACUGAAGCCACACGCAGUCGAUCAAACAGUCUCUUCUCCAACGCUGCUCCCUCUGUUCUCGGCCGUACUUCCAAGCCCGGCUCCCGUCCCCAAAGCAUCCUUGCUCUAGCUGACGGUGAAGACGCCAUCGAUACCGAUGCAGAUGCGCUGAGCGAAUGGGGAGUCGAAAAGUUCCUUAGCAAGGAUGAACGCGAUCGCAUCGCUGCUGGACAACGCAACCGCGCCCAAAGUCUGGCUGGCAGCAUCGCCGUCCGCCCAUCCUUUGAACAGCUCCGUUCUUCCGUCACAGAACGACGCUCCAUGGAGGCGGAUCGCAACAUGGCAGACUCAGCACCUGCAGUGCGCAGAGCUAGCUCCGAGAUAGUAGGAGCUUCCACUGCCGCUAUUGACGCGGGAGAUCCGAAGCUCGAGCUCUUGGCCAAGAUCAAGCUCUACCGAGAACGCCAGGAGAACCUUCCCCCGUCCGAGUGGGAUGGACCGGGACCAACAGCUACCAAGGAUCAAGUCGUUGAACAUAUCAUUGCUUCCUCUGACGACAACAAGCGAGUAUCACUUCGCGAGGCCUCACGCGAAUUGCGCAGUGCUACUCCUCCAGCUGUUGCUAAUGCCGUUCAAGAUAGCAACAGUGCUAUGACAGCACCAGCGCCAGAAGACUCUAUCAUCGACCAACCUUGCCCAUCGCCUCUUGCAAGCUCCAUCAACCCAUCUGCCGCCUUGAUGGUACAGCCCCCUGUGGAUUCUGUUGACGCCGGCGAAAUUGCGCAGGUAUCCGAGCAGAGUCUUGCCGGAGCACCUGCUAACGUCGCAGAUCCAUCAUCCAAUGAGACUCAACCGGCAUCUAUCUCAUCAACCGCUGUACAGGUUUCCCAACCUUCUCUCGAUCAGACGGGCUCUACAGAAGCUCAUGACAUGGUCGGCAUUGGCUCUUACUCGCGUAGCACCUCGCGACGAAACUCGUUCCUCGCAGGGCCUCUGCUGAAUUCUCACGCUGAAGGGAUCAGCUCAUCCAGUGUACCUGAACAACAGCCACCUCCGCCCCUGACUGCAGCCCAGGACGCUGUGUCCGCGGCGCCGUUGUCCAGCUUCUCGACACCUCAACGCCGCCAAAGUCGAGGAUGGGUGACGGACCAAUUUGCCGAGCAUGAUCUAGGUCUUGGACCCAGCCCCUUUGCGGCUGCCUUGCUAGCUGCCAAUUCCGGACUUGGUCAGGCUCGCGACUUCGAAGCGGGCCCAACUCAUACCCCCUCUCCUGCCCUCGAUUUCAACAGCCUCACCACGCGUCAGCUCCAGAACGUGGCUCGUAAUUCUACAUUUCCAAUGCAUCUCGGCAUCAACCGCGAUCUGCUUGCUGACGAGGAGGUCAACGACGACGACGAUCCGUUGGAUCAGAACGGAUUCAAAAUCGUCCCCAAGCGUCGAAGACCGUCCUCAGCCGAUUUUACCGCCCUCGCCAAAGAUCUCGCGCAGACAGGUGGCGAAAAUUUUGAGAUUCAACUAGGUGAAGGCGCUGAACCUGACUUGUCAUCGGCCAACUGGGGCAAGCCACGUAAAAAGUGGUUUCGCUUGAGCAUGAUGAUGGAUGCGAAAGGCAAGCCCAUCAAGUCCAAGAAGACCGCUGCUACGGAUGGCGACGAGGGAGACGGUGAGUCCGACGCGGAAGCUCUGACCGCUGGAAUUGGAGAGGCAGUUCACCCCAACGAGUCGGAAAAGCAAUCCGGAGGUCUUCUCGAUAGCAAUGCUGCGGAUCAGUCAGCAGAUGUGGCCAGCUCUGCACCACUGAAUGAGUCAGAAGACAUCGACGACGAUUUUGUCAGCCCACCACGUCGAGGGCCGCUUCGCCCGCUAGGACUGGCCGCUCGAACACCUCAGACUAUUGUGAUGCCUCGGCCGUUACAAGGCACCGAGUUCGCGCCAAAGCUGCGUCUCACAGAGGACAUGUCAGCUUCAUCUGAUACCAAGCGGCACAGCUUGCACGUUCCUGAUGGAUUUGUGCUGCACGACAGCCGAGGUGGUCUGCCUCCCAUGCGCAGCCUGGUGGUUCACAGCGCCAACGGACCUCAACCCCUCUUUGCAGCCAAGGCGGGCAACAAGAAGCGAGAUCAGACAGCUACGAGACUCAAACCCAUUCAAGUGGACAGAGCCGUCCAAGUGCCCGCCGCUGCGCCAAGAGGAAUCGGACGGCGAGCUGCUGCCCCAACCACCGCCCUCUUCCGUAAUCACCUGGUGCAGCAUGAUGACGAACGUGAGGGAUGGGGUUUCGAGGCGGGCACUCGAGUUGACGACAUCUUCCAUCCGGAUCAAGCGGAUAACUCUGACGACGAUGACAAACCACUUGCCGAUAUCAAGAAGCAGAGUCGAUCAGCCAAACGCGCAGCGAAGCGUCUUGCCAAAGAGAAGCGCAAGCGUAAAGUUGCACGCAGGAUCCGGAGAGCAAAGAGGGAAGAGGCACUCAAGGAGGGCAAAUCGUUCAAGGAGGUCGGUGUCGACGAGCUCAGUCCCGAUGAAGAUUUGGAUCUUAGCAGCACCAGUGAGGAAGACCUCACAGAAACCGAGACAGAGUCGGACCUUUGGGCUAGCGACGACGACAAGCGGUGGGUCGAUGACAGCAAGCCUGCCGGCAAACUGUAUGGCAAGAGUCUGUUGGAUCUUGCUUCUGAACGCAACCAAGAGCGUAAAUCCAAGGCGCGCUUCUACGGCCAGGUGCAGCUCGAGGAUGGUGAGCCCAUGCCUCUCGAGAUAGAUGACAAUCGCGAUGGAAUAGCCUCGUUACGUCCUGCUGGCUCUGUCUAUGACGAUGGCGCGUCCGUCUCGCCUAGCAUCGCCCGCGGCUUUCGCGACAAGCCUGUCGGAGUCAAUGAUACACGCGAGCGUAUGGAAGCGGUGUUCGGAGCGGACCAGAUCUGGGCUAGGGAAAUGGCCAAGAGGCAGCAAGAGGAUGCGGAGGAGGCAGAAAAGGCCAAAGAAAAGGCUCAACGGGAAGCAGCAGCUCGUCAACAACGAGAGGCAAAAGCAACAGCAAAGAAGGAGCGAGGCUUGUUCACGAUCGGCAGGAAGAGCAAAAAGAAUCUGGGCAUCUCGAACACUUCGGCGGUCAACAGCAUGGUCAGUCUCACUGGCUCAGAUGCCGUCGCAGGUUCGAUUGCUCCAUCUAGUGGUGCUCUUGGGGAGGGAGAAGCUCAGUCUGAGCUGCCUGUACGCAGUCAGACUCCUGUAGAGCCUCCGGUGAUCGCUCUCGACAUUGACGAUGACAACGAUGCGCGCGGAGAUGGGCAGCAUGGUCGAAGGAGCCUGAAUCUGCUUGCUGGAGAGGAAACGGCCGCACAAGAAUGGCUCAUUGAAUCUGACGUCGAACCGGAAACGAACGACCAGGCGCCGGACUCCAGCGACGAUGACGUUCCGCUUGCUCAAGUCAAGAAGAAUGUGGCAUCGCGCCCGUCUUCUUUCGCUGCCGGCCUCGCGCUGAAUUCGGCAAGGUCCGGCAAUGUGGAAUCUUCUGAUGAGGAGUUGCCGCUGGCGGCGCUCAAGGAGAAACGCAUUCGGCAGUCUAUGAUGUUUGGUGGUGGAAAGCUAGACCUCGACUUUACUACCUCAAGAGACAGCUCCCAUGCCAAUGGAAGCUUGGGGAAGCAUUCAGUGUCGGCUUCCUCACCCUGCCGCGACAGCUUGCAAAAGACGAAUGGUACGUUGCAGAAUGGUCUCGUCCCGCCGCUUUCGCAGCACGCUGCGAGUGCCAGAGAUGUUCCGUUUGUGGAUGACGAGGACUCAGAUGAAGACCUGCCUCUCGGUCAUAGACAUCCCGGAGGCGACGCAGCGCUCGUUGCAAUGCGCACUGCGCUCGAAAACCAAAAGCGUGCGAUCAAGGAAGCGAGACAAGCCGAAAAGGCGCAGAAGAGGGCUGCAAGGCUGGCGCAACAGGCCAGUGCGAAUGAUACGAAUGCGAAUCCCAACGACGGUGACGAGCAGGCUAGAGUGGACGCGAAUGCCAGCGAUGCGGGUGACGACAGCGACGAGGACGACAGCGAAGACGAUAAGCCGCUAGGUUAUGUCCACCCUCAAGCAGCGAUCAUCGCAGAGCAGGCAGCGCUGAUCCGACAGUUGCAGUCUGAAAGGGAGCAACAAGACCAACAGCAGCAGCAGGCACGUCUUGUUUCUUCGUACUCCAGCAUGAUGUCGCCAUCUGGAGUCGAUGCGCGCCCGUCAAUGAUGCUGAAUAGGAUGAGCGGACUUCCCAGCUUCAUGGGCGGCAUGGGUGGACUGGGCAUGGCCGACCCACGCCAGUCGAUAAUAGGACUGCCGACCAACGGAUCGAUGUUAAUGGGAACGUCUCAGUUCGAUGGGUUGCCAGCACCGGCGAUUGGAUUGCCCUUGGGCAUGUCGAUGACGUCGCCUUCGCAGAUGGGCAUACCUGUAGCACCAGGCUCGCAGAUUGGCGUCUCAGCUGCCAUGUCUCCGGCGUUGACGAUGCCAAUGAUACCUGGCACACCGCAGAUGGGAGCACCUAUCGCGCCGAACCCGAUGACCAUGAUGCUGGAUCCCAAAGCGUCUUCCAUCCACAACUGGCGAACCCAGGUGCCGGCUGAUGCAACCGCUCCUAUCACGCCGCCCGGCGGUGCCUCGGCGAUCAACUCUGCUAGAUGA